UCAUAUAUUAGCUGCAAAUUAAGCUUCAUCUCACUCUCUCCUCAUUAAUUGUGAGGUAGAAUUCAGAGAUAAUUUUAGCUAGAUUUCUCAUUGACAACCUGAUCAGUAGAUAUAGAAGAGCUAGCUCAUUUGCUUUUAAUUAGUUAGUGGCUUAAUUCCAAAAGAGAAGAGAGGUUAUUGCAUGUACUACUAGCUAGUGCUUGCAUAUAUACUUAUUUACAAGUGUAGUAUACAAGUGAUCGUUUGAUCUCGAUGUGUUCGAGCAUGGGGACGACGACGAUGCUCAACGCCGCCGACAUGGCCGGCGGCGGCGCGAAGCUCCAGCAGCAGCAGGCGCCGACUUCGCCGACGGCGUCGGUGUCGGAGUCGAACAUCGUGGCGUCGACGGCGUCGGCCGACCCGGAGGCCAACGACGCCCUGGCCGGGCUCCAGGCGCUCCGGUUCGACGGCGGCGGCGACAUCGACGACGUGGAGAUCCAGUCGCCGGACAUCGCCCUCUGGGAGUCCAUCUUCGCUGAUCAGAUCGGCGUCUCCGGCGCCGGCGCCGACUUCCUCCUGUCCAUGUCGUCGGCGGCGGCAUCGCCGAGGAGGGACUUCAUGGCGUGCUCGCCCAAGAGAGACUACAUGGUGACGACCUCGUCGCCGAAGAGGGAUUACAUGGUGACCUCGUCGCCGAAGAGGGACUACAUGGUGUCCUCGCCGAAGAGGGAGUACAUGGUGACGUCGCCGAGGAGGGAGAUGGCGACGUCGCCGAGGAGAGCGACCUUCUCCAACCUCUACACCUCUAGCCAUGGCGGCGGCGGCGGCGGCGGUCACCACCUCCACCACCAGAGCUACGUGCAUGGCGGCGGGAUGGAGGGAGGCGGCGGCGGCCAUGGCGCGCAGCCGCAGUACGGCGGCCUCGCCGGCCAUGGCAAGGGGAAGGCGCAGAGCCCGCUUCACAAGGUGUACAUCAACAACGUCGGCGGCGGCAGCGGCGGCGGCGGCGUCAAGAGCAACACGCCGUCCACGCUCUCCUGUGCCUCCUCCUACGUCGUCCAUGGCGGCGAGAGCGGCCUCCCCUCCUUGCCGUCCAUGGACCCCUUCCUCGAGGAAGGGUACCUAGGGUCGUACCAGCUGCCGGAGAAGGCAGCCGGCGGCGUCGGCGGCGGCGGCGGAGGGGACAUCAACAGAUCAGGCGCCUCCGUCUCCGUCGUCACCGCGCCGGCGUCGUCGCAGCUGCUGCCGACGCUGUCGGAGUGCCUGGCGAUGCCGGAGCCGGCCGCGUACAGAGGCGGCGGCGAUGAGGCAGUCGCGGCGGCGAUGGCUGUCGCCGGUGAGCUGCCAGUGGGAGCGUUCGUGCAGCCCGAGAUGUACUACGGCGGCGGCGGCGAGUUCGGAGGAGAAGGCAUGACGCCGCCGCUGCAGCAUCAGAUGGCAGCUGAUUCUUCACUUCACAGCAUGCUGGGUUCAGUGAUCCAAUCAGAGGCUGAGCAGGAGCAGGACAGUGGGCUUCAGCUGGUGCACCUCCUGCUGGCGUGCGCCGACCUCGUCUCCAAGGGCGACCACCCGGCGGCGCUCCGCCACCUCCACCUCCUCCGCCGCGUCGCCUCCCCUCUCGGCGACUCCAUGCAGCGCGUCGCCUCCCACUUCGCCGACGCCCUCGCCGCCCGCCUCUCCCUCCUCUCCUCCCCCACCUCCGCCUCCCCCUCCCCCCGCGCCGCCGCCGCCGCCGCGCCCUACCCGUUCCCGCCGUCGCCGGAGACGCUCAAGGUCUACCAGAUCCUCUACCAGGCCUGCCCCUACAUCAAGUUCGCCCACUUCACCGCCAACCAGGCCAUCUUCGAGGCGUUCCACGGCGAGGACCGCGUCCACGUCGUCGACCUCGACAUCCUCCAGGGCUACCAGUGGCCGGCGUUCCUCCAGGCGCUCGCCGCGCGCCCCGGCGGCCCGCCCACGCUGCGGCUCACCGGGGUCGGACACCCGCCCGCCGCCGUCAGGGAGACCGGGCGCCACCUCGCCUCCCUCGCCGCGUCGCUCCGCGUCCCGUUCGAGUUCCACGCCGCCGCCGCCGACCGCCUCGAGCGCCUCCGCCCCGCCGCCCUGCACCGCCGCGUCGGCGAGGCCCUCGCCGUCAACGCCGUCAACCGCCUCCACCGAGUCCCCUCCUCCCACCUCCCGCCUCUCCUCUCCAUGAUCCGCGACCAGGCUCCCAAGAUCAUCACCCUCGUCGAGCAGGAGGCCGCCCACAAUGGCCCCUACUUCUUGGGCAGGUUUUUGGAGGCGUUGCACUACUACUCGGCGAUAUUCGACUCGCUGGACGCGACGUUCCCGGCGGAGUCGACGGCGAGGAUGAAGGUGGAGCAGUGCCUGCUGGCGCCGGAGAUACGGAACGUGGUGGCGUGCGAGGGGGCGGAGCGGGUGGCGCGGCACGAGAGGCUGGAGCGGUGGCGGCGGCUCAUGGAAGGGCGAGGGUUCGAGGCCGUGCCGCUCAGCGCCGCCGCCGUCGGCCAGAGCCAGGUGCUGCUCGGCCUCUACGGCGCCGGCGACGGCUACCGCCUAACCGAGGACAGCGGCUGCCUCCUCCUCGGGUGGCAGGACCGCGCCAUCAUCGCCGCCUCCGCGUGGCGGUGCUGAGCUACUGAUAGCCAUGGUGGUACAUGGAACCGAAAUUGAUGGCCAGCCAGUGGCCGGAGACGAUGAAGAAGAGGAGCUACAAGACGGGCUCCUCCACCGUAUGUGCAUUAGGUUUCGAUUGUUGCAUGUGUGGUUAAUAUAUUAUUUAAUAUAUAAUUUGGAAGUCUUUUAGUACAAUUUAUACUACCUCCAUUUUAUAUUAUAAGUUGUUUUAAUUUUUUUUUCUAGUUAAAUUUUUUAAAGUUUAACAAAAUUUGUAGAUGAAUAUGGUAACAUUUUCAACAUGUUGAACAAUAUAUCAUUUGUACUCCUAUAUCUCACAUGUAAAAGUACAUUUGCAAAUAGUGUCAACAAAAAGGGGAUGGAUUCUAAUAGCUUGAGGGGACGUCCAUUCGUUUAUUGCAUGUCAACUAAAUGACUAUGAAAAUUUUUUAAAAAAAUUGAUAAGAUAGAUCAAUAUGUAAUAUAU